GGUGGCUUUUCGAGUGUUCGAUAGCUCACCUCGUCCUUAUAAGUCCGAUCCAUGUCCUGAUUUUCCAAGCAUAUCCCUCCCCCGAUAGUUCUAUUUACAGAGCUCUCCCUCUGUGGAUACACAACUAUAGCCCACAUGACCAUGAUUCACGCGUUGCCUCUGUAGAAGUUCCCAUCUGGUAGCUGCCUUAUCACUCUGGUCCAAACGUCCGACUACUAUCAGACAUCCUCGUCGUGAACACUAUAGGAUGAGUCCCUACCCAGGUUCGCCGGAGAAGACCCGAGAUAGCCUACUUCCUAAGCUUGCGGUUAAGCCUUGGAUACGACCGUCGCCUCAACCAUUGGUUCUGCGAAAUGCUUUCGUGGUUGACCCCACUUCGUCCUCUUUACUGCCUGAAUUACAAGACGUCUCCAUAGUCAAAGGACAUGUUCAGUCGAUCAAGCCCUCAAGCGAAAGAUUUAUUCACAGUUUGUUUGAGAGGAGGGGUAAUGAACAACCACCUACCGUUGUAGAUCUGAAGGGAAAGUAUUUAUGUCCCGGCUUGAUCGACAGUCAUGUACAUGCCACAGCUGUUCCAGGCGUGAAAACUAUGUCGGAGCUCGUCCAGACCCCCGAUGAGUUGAUUCACCUCAGGUCUACCUACGUGUUACGAGAGAUGCUUCUUAGAGGCUUCACCACUGUCAGGGAUACUGGAAAGUCCCGUCCGAUUUUUACUUAUGCUUCGUUCUCGUCUAACUUCAGAUCAGGCGGCGGAAGUAAAGCACUUGCCAAUGCCAUCUCAGAAGGUCUUAUACUAGGCCCAAGGCUCAUACAGUGCGGAAAGGCUCUCUCACAAACCGGCGGCCACUCAGACUUUGGACCUGUGGGGUCCAGCACGGGCUGUUGCGCAGGACAUUCGCAGUCAUUGGGUCGAACUUGUGAUGGUGUGCCGCAGGUCCUGAAAGCUACACGUGAAGAGCUUAAGAGCGGUGCAGACUUUAUCAAGAUCAUGUGUGGAGGUGGGGUAGCUUCUCCGACAGACUCCGUAGAGAGUGUACAGUUCACCGCAGAGGAGAUACAGGCGAUCACUACGACGUGUCGUCAAAUGGGGGGUAUUCACACAACUGCUCAUGCUUACACUGAUUCUUCCGUACGGCAUGCCAUUGACAAUGGCGUGCUGGGAAUCGAACAUGGAAACCUGAUCUCUCGUGAGACUGCUGCAUUGAUGGCACAGAAGGGAAUCUUUUUAACUCCUACUCUGUCUUGCUACGGUAUCAUGGUUCGACCGCCUUUCGAAGAUUUUCUUCCUCCCGACGGAAAGGUGAAGAACGAACAAGUCAUGGAGAAGGGCUUAGAUGCGUUGCUCAUCGCGGAUGAGGCCGGGGUCGUUAUAUGCUACGGCUCUGAUUUACUGACGUCAAUGCAAGCCUUACAAACGGAGGAGUUCACUGUCCGUGCAUCCGUCCUUUCUUCCCCAAAAGUGCUCCAGCAUGCGACGAGCAAUGCAAGCAAAAUGCUCCGCGACAACAAAAUAGGAAGGAUACAACCGGGAAGUUACGCAGAUAUCCUGGUUUUGGACGCGAAUCCUCUCGACGACGUCACCAUCUUAGAUUGGCCUGAAGAUCACCUCUACGCCGUUAUCAAAGAGGGAAGAGUGGUGUCCAGCAGGUUGGAAAAGCUUCCUGCGGAUACAUUAUUGUCAGGAUAGCCUGGCGGGAACGAGAUGGUAUGAAUGUUACCGUCCUUUAAAGUAUUGGAACCAUCGCAAAUUUGCAUCGUGCGGAUUCUUUCAAGAUGGCGGGAUAGCGACACCGCCUGCUUAACUGUAUCGUCGAACGCGAUUGCGUCCAACUUAUCACACAAUCUGUGAAACUGGUCUCGAUUCAUCUGCGCAAAUCACUCUUUACUAACG